AUGGACGACUUACUGACAGGCGCGGAAACGAUAGAAGAAAUUAAAGAAUUAAAGGAAGAGCUAACAAAAUUACUAGAAAUAGGAGGUUUUAUGUUACACAAGUGGAAGACUAACAUAACAAGGUUAAAUGACAUUGCAACUGACGAUAAAGCAAUAGACAUCAACAAAGAGCAGCAAUCGAAACUGUUAGAGAUUCAUGAUAAUUCUUCGCCUACCGAAUGGCGGCAUGUGCAGUCAAAGGACAAUCCGGCUGACUUAAUAUUCCGAGGCACUACACCCAAACAAUUAAUACGGGCAAAUUUAUGGUGGGAGGGACCUAGUUGGUUAAGCUUAGAUAAAGUCUCUUGGCCCAAGGAAAAUGAGGACUUAUCACCGGAAAAUAUUCCGGAAAUGCGAAAGCAAACUGUGAUUGCAGUAGCGGUAGAUUCUAAGAAAAAUGAGCGUAGAAUAAGAAUAGUUUCCGUACUUGAGUUAGAAGAGGCCAAGUUAGCGAUAAUAAAAAUGGUUCAGGAAGCGGAGUUCAAAGAAGACAUAAAGGAUCUAAAAGAAAAUAACGUCCUCACGAAGAAUUCUAAACUCAUUGCGUUGCAGCCAUUUUUGGAUAAGCAUGGAGUGUUACGACUGGGAGGCAGAUUAAAGAAUGCCGUACUACCUGAUAAGGUAAAACAUCCGAUCAUCAUUCCAAGCUCUCAUCAACUUACAAGACUGAUAAUAAUCCAUUUUCACGAAAAAUUAUUCCACACCGGAACUCAGACGACCUUGAAUUCAAUAAGGGAAGAAUUUUGGCCCCUACAUGCAAAAACCAAGAUCAAGGGAAUCAUACGCAGUUGA